AUGGCCGCCACCGUGCGCAACACUGCGAUCAAACGCAUUCAAGGCGAUGUGCGCGAAAUGAUGACGAAUCCAAGCGACCAGUACGCGGCAGCGCCGCUCGAGACCAAUAUGUUUGACUGGCAUUUCACACUGCGUGGACCACGCGAGACGGAGUUCGAAGGCGGGAUUUACCAUGGACGCAUCAUUUUGCCGUCGGAUUAUCCGUUCAAGCCGCCUAACAUUAUGCUGCUGACGCCAAAUGGACGCUUUGAAGUGAAGAAGAAAAUCUGUCUGAGCAUUUCGGCCUUUCACCCGGAGGAGUGGCAGCCGGCGUGGGGCGUCCGACUCAUUCUGGAGGCACUGACCAGCUUCAUGCCUACGAAAGGCGAGGGUGCGAUAGGUGCACUGGACUUUUCUGCGGACGAGAGGAAGCGGCUGGCAAAAUUGUCGGUCAACUUCAAGUGUGAAAGUUGUGGACGAGUUGCCGACUUGUUGCCAGACCUGGUUUCCGAGGAAGGAAGUGAGAAAAAGCCUUCUAAGUAUGCGGACCAGAUUGCACAGCUGCACAUUCACGGCCUAGAGAAAAGUGCUUCUCCAGCAAGUGCAGCGUCCGACGAAAAAAAGGCUGCCACUGCAACUACAGAGAGCAGUGAACAUGGCUUGCAGGAGGCGACGGCAACUUCUGUUGUAGCACAAAGCCGUGGUGAGGUUCAUAAUGAGGCCUUGCUGAAUUCGAUGGCUACUUUAUCAGAGGUCAAGACGUCUGCCGAUGAAGUAAGUCAUGUGGAUAAUGUCGACUCUUCUGAUACGGCAGCUGCAGUAUCAGCGACUAUUGAGGAACCACCAGAAGCACAAGGGCCGGCAGUGAUGGAAUCUCGUCAGAAUGCUGACACGGCGGUCACGGCACCUGUUGCUGGCCAAGUGCGUGAGUCAGACCACGUGGACACGCUUCUGCACUACUUGACGAUAGCCAUCGUCGUUGCGCUGUUUGCACUGAUUUACAAGAAGCUCCUGCAAACGCAUGGCUUGCUGCAGUCUGCCGCGUGA